AUGGACACUUCAUCAUCUUCAGGAACCGUGGACAUUGAGCCUGGGAACUCUUCUAUUCCCAAGCAGCUGACGCUCACGUGGCGCAAUGUUAGCGUGAACGUCACAGCCCCCGAUGCCGCCCUGGGCGAUACACUGCUGUCAGUGGCCGAUCCACGGCAGAUUUCGGCGUGGUUCAGCAAGAGCCAAAGGCCAAAGAGGACGAUUCUUAAGGACAUCUCUGGUCAACUUCGGCCAGGAGAAAUGUUGCUCGUUCUCGGACGUCCAGGAUCAGGGUGUACAUCAUUCCUUCGUGUAAUCUCCAAUGAUCGCGAAGCUUUCGACGAAGUUGUCGGUGAGACUCGAUAUGGAAGCAUGGACCACAAACAGGCCAAGAAGUACCGGCAGCAGAUCAUGUUUAACAAUGAAGACGAUGUUCAUUUCCCUACUUUGACCGUUAAUCGAACGAUGAAAUUCGCCCUUCGAAACAAGGUUCCCAGAGAACGACCGGAGCACCUACACAAUCGGAAAGAUUACGUUCAGGAGAAAAGAGACGGAAUUCUUGAGUCGCUGGGUAUCCCGCACACAAAGAAGACAUUGGUUGGAAACGAGUUUAUCCGUGGUGUAUCUGGUGGUGAGCGGAAGCGUGUUUCCUUGGCAGAGGUUAUGGCUGGCCAGAGUCCUGUUCAAUUUUGGGAUAACCCAACUCGCGGUCUGGAUUCCAAAACAGCGGUUGAAUUCGCCCGCAUGCUGCGACGCGAGGCCAACGAGAAUCAAAAGACGAUAAUGGCUACCAUGUAUCAAGCUGGAAAUGGCAUUUUCGACGAGUUCGACAAGAUCCUUGUCCUGGCGGAGGGUGUCGUCACCUACUACGGGCCGCGCGCAUUGGCUCGGGGUUACUUUGAAGACAUGGGAUUCAUCUGCCCCAAGGGAGCCAACAUCGCCGACUUUCUGACAUCGGUUACGGUGGUCACUGAACGGAUUGUCGCCCCAGGCAUGGAAGACAAGGUUCCCAAUUCGCCCGCUGAGUUCGAGGCCCGUUACCGCCAGAGUGCGAUACAUUCCCAGAUGAUGAAUGAUAUCCAGCCGCCAGAGAAACUGGUAAACGAGGAUGAGAACUUGGCUCUAGCAGUGGCAAUGGAGAAGAGAAAGCAGCAUGUUCCUCGACCUCAGAGUGUCUAUACGGCUGGUCUGUGGGAUCAGAUCCUCAGCUGCACCCUGCGUCAAUUCCAGAUUUUGGCCGGUGACAAGCUUUCUAUUGCCAUUAAGGUGGUUUCCGCUAUCUUGCAGGCUCUUGUCUGCGGCAGUUUAUUCUACAACCUUAAGCUAGACAGCAGUUCGAUUUUCUUGCGUCCGGGUGCUCUCUUCUUCCCCGUUCUUUACUUCCUCCUCGAAACAAUGUCUGAAACAACCGGAUCAUUCAUGGGUCGACCUAUUCUUUCGCGGCAAAAGAGGUUUGGCUUCUACCGACCGACAGCUUUCGCUAUCGCCAAUGCGAUUACCGAUAUCCCUAUCGUCUUGGUUCAGGUGUCCUGUUUCUCCUUGAUUUUGUACUUCAUGAGUGGGAUGCAAAUGGAUGCAGGCCGCUUCUUCACGUACUGGAUCAUUAUUAUCGUGCAAACGCUGUGCUUCAUGCAAAUGUUCCGCGCGAUUGGUGCCUUGUGCAAGCAGUUCGGUAAUGCGUCCAAGAUGACCGGAUUUCUAUCAACUGUCUUUUUCGUCUACGGAGGAUAUCUGAUUCCUUUUGAGAAGAUGCAUGUUUGGUUCCGGUGGAUAUUCUACCUGAACCCUGGUGCAUAUGCUUUCGAGGCGCUGAUGGCCAACGAGUUUACGGGCCUAGAACUCAAGUGUGUCGAGCCUGACUAUAUCCCAUACGGGUCGGGCUAUCCUACCGGCUCUUCCCCUUACCGCGGCUGCACUGUCAAGGGUAGCAAUUCGGAAGGCAUCAUUGACGGUGCCGCCUACAUCAAAGAGCAGUACAAUUACACUUAUCACCAUGUUUGGCGAAGCUUCGGUAUUAUCAUUGGCUUCUGGGCAUUUUUCAUUUUUCUGACGGCGAUUGGAUUCGAAUUGCGCAACAGCAGUGCCGGAUCUUCCGUCCUCCUCUACAAGCGAGGCGCCAAAAGCAAGAAGCCAGACGAGGAGAGCAACGUCUCGUCUAAGUCUGAAGGAGCUGUCCUUGCGCAGUCUGGAAAACAGUCCACGUUCACAUGGAACAAUCUCGACUACCACGUUCCUUUCCAUGGCCAGAAGAAGCAAUUGCUGGACCAGGUAUUUGGAUAUGUCAAGCCGGGUAAUCUGGUGGCAUUGAUGGGAUGCUCCGGUGCGGGAAAGACCACAUUGCUCGAUGUGUUGGCUCAGCGCAAGGAUAGUGGUGAGAUCUACGGAUCCAUUUUGAUAGAUGGUCGGCCACAAGGUAUCAGUUUCCAGCGUACCACUGGCUACUGCGAGCAGAUGGAUGUUCACGAAGGCACCGCGACCGUGAGAGAAGCCUUGGUCUUCUCCGCGCUUCUCCGCCAACCUGAUAGCGACGCUUUGAUUGGAGUUCCCGGGGCUGGUUUGAGCAUUGAACAGCGGAAGAGAGUGACAUUGGGUGUUGAACUGGUCGCCAAGCCAACGCUUCUCUUCUUGGAUGAACCGACCUCGGGUCUAGAUGGACAGUCUGCUUACAACAUUAUCCGAUUUCUGAGAAAGCUCGUCGACAGCGGUCAAGCUGUGCUGUGCACUAUCCAUCAGCCUUCAGCGGUCUUGUUCGAUGCAUUCGACUCGCUAGUGCUGCUUGCCAAGGGCGGAAAGAUGACCUACUUCGGAGAGACUGGCGAAGAGUCACACAAAGUGUUGGAAUACUUUGCGAAGAACGGAGCCCCCUGUCCUCCAGACAUGAACCCCGCCGAACACAUUGUGGAGGUUAUCCAGGGUAAUACCGAGAAGCCUAUUGACUGGGUUGAUGUGUGGAGCCGAUCUGAGGAGCGCGAGCGCGCUCUUGCAGAGCUUGAAGCCUUGAACAAGGAGGGACAAUCACAUACUGAUUAUGUGGAAGACCAAAGCAACUUUGCAACCCCGGUUUGGUUCCAGUUUAAGAUGGUGCUGCAGCGCCUCAUGGUCCAGCUAUGGCGGUCACCGGACUAUAUGUGGAACAAAAUCAUCCUGCACGUCUUUGCUGCACUGUUCAGUGGAUUCACCUUCUGGAAGAUGGGAGAUGGAACGUUUGCGCUACAGCUUCGACUGUUUGCUAUCUUCAACUUCAUUUUCGUCGCACCAGGAUGUAUCAACCAGAUGCAGCCGUUUUUCUUGCACAAUCGCGAUAUCUUCGAAACCAGAGAGAAGAAGUCUAAAACCUACCACUGGAUUGCCUUCAUCGGUGCCCAAGCAGUUUCCGAAAUCCCCUACCUGAUUAUCUGCGCCACGCUCUACUUCGCAUGCUGGUACUUUGUUGCCGGAUUGCCUGUUGAUGCGUACAUCUCCGGCCACAUGUACUUGCAGAUGAUCUUCUACGAAUUCUUGUAUACAUCGAUCGGACAGGCCAUUGCGGCAUACGCACCCAACGAGUACUUCGCCGCCAUCAUGAACCCCAUCCUCAUCGGUGCGGGUAUGAUCGCUUUCUGUGGUGUCGUUGUGCCCUACGAUAGUAUUACGCCCUUCUGGCGGUACUGGAUGUACUACCUUGACCCGUUCACCUACUUGGUGGGUGGUCUUCUGGGAGAGGUGCUCUGGGAUGUCAAGGUGCAGUGUGAGCCUUCGGAGUAUAUCCAAUUCAACGCCCCGUCCGGACAGACAUGCGGCCAGUACAUGGCCGAGUUUAUCUCCGAGCAGACUGGGUACCUCUUGGACGCGAAUGCUACCGGCACUUGCUCGUUCUGCCAGUACUCGAUGGGUUCAGACUAUGCGAAGACCUUCAACUUGAAGGAGAAGUACUAUUCGUGGAGAGAUACUGGAAUUACGGCGCUGUUUUGUAUCACGUCGUACGGAUUGGUGUUCUUGAUGAUGAAGUUGCGGAGCAAGAAGACGAAGAGCGCACGGUCGGAGUAG